CACCCGGACCACGUGGUUCGACCCCGUGUUGUUUAUAUUUAUUCUUCCGUCUCAGUCUCAGGUGAUUCGGAUGAAGUCGCUGUCAAGCUGUCUGUCUGUCUGAACAUGUCUGCUUCCGACCUGCAGCUUCUCCUCGCCUCAUGUUUGUUUUUCGCCGUGUUCGGCUCGGUUCGGGGAGCGAACGGGACGGUGCCGCUGGUUCUGUGGCAUGGAAUGGGUGACAGCUGCUGUAACCCGCUCAGCAUGGGCGCUGUGAAGAAGAUGGUGGAGAUCAAGAUUCCUGGGAUCUACGUGCUGUCCCUGGAGAUCGGGAAAACCGUUGUCGAGGACACAGAGAAUGGGUUCUUCAUGAACGUCAAUGAUCAGGUGUCUCUGGUGUGCGACACGCUGGCUCGAGACCCCCAGCUGAAAGAGGGGUACAACGCCAUGGGCUUCUCACAGGGGGGGCAGUUCCUGAGGGCGGUGGCUCAGAGGUGUCCUUCUCCCCCAAUGAGGAACCUGAUCUCCAUCGGAGGACAGCACCAAGGAGUGUACGGGCUCCCCCACUGUCCUGGCCAGAGCUCUCAUAUCUGUGACUGGAUCCGCAAGAUGCUCAACUCUGGAGCGUACACCGGGAUGGUGCAGAACCAUCUGGUGCAGGCUCAGUACUGGCACGACCCGCUCAAUGAGGAGCUGUACCGGAACCACAGCCUGUUCCUCGCUGACAUCAACCAGGAGAGGGUGCUGAAUGAGUCCUACAAGAAGAACCUGCAGGCUCUGCGCAGCUUCGUGAUGGUCAAGUUCCUCCGGGACUCCAUGGUGGAGCCCAUCGACUCUGAGUGGUUUGGAUUCUACAAGCCGGGCCAGGCGAAGGAGACCGAGACUCUGCAGGAGAGCGCUCUGUACAAGGAGGAUCGGCUGGGUCUGCAGGCCCUGGAUAAGGCAGGGAAGCUGGUGUUUCUCUCCUCUGACGGAGACCACCUGCAGUUCACAGACGCCUGGUUCAACACAAACAUCCUUCCCUACCUGCACUGAGGGGAGCCCCUUCCCCUGCCCAGGACUCCAGGGGGUCCCCUCCAGCAGUGAAGUGAGGCUCUCUGCGCUGCACUAGCCCCACGUUAACCUGCUGCUUUCCGCCACUCAAAACAAAUUGCAUUGCUUUAAAAAGAAUAAUUCAGAACAAUAAUAGAACAAAAAAAAAAAAUAAAAAAAAAAUAAUAAUAAUCUAGACUUAUUUUUGCAAUGAAAUGUUUUGUAUUUUUUAAUAUGCAUAACAUUUCAUUUUUCAUCCUGUUUUUAUAUAUUUCUCCCCAGAAAUGGGAAGUAAUUUUUCUCCUGUAUCUUUUUACAUCCGUUGCACCCGGUGAUCCAGUGCAGCAGGGCAGGGCAGGGCAGGGCAGGCAGUGCCUGACUGCUUGAAUCUCACCCCUGGAUUACUGUGGUCCCCUGCUAGCUCUAUCUAACCCAGCAGCACCCCCUAGCUGUGAUGCACUGAUUGAGACACGGUCUUUAUAUUCCUCAUGAAGAAAUACAUACAGUAAUAAUAAUAAUACAUUUAAAAAACAAAUAGAUGCAUCAUUCAUUGUGAUCUGCUUUAGUUUUUAAUUUUGAAAUAAAAACACUUCAACAGA